GGUCUGUCCUGCGCGGACCCUCGGCUCCCUCGCUGCCGCAUUUCCUAGGACUGGGCCACGCCCGUGCCGGCCUUGGGUCCGGGAUCUCCUCAGCCCGAGUGGGCUGUGAUCCUGGCUCCCUCCUCGGAGCCCACGUACUCCUUGGUAGCUUCGGAUCUCCUUCCGGUUAGCCCCUCAGGCCCUUCCAGAAGUUUGCGUGAGAGAGCGGGCUUGUAAUCUGGCUUUGUACGCGGGGGACUCCCGCUUGCAGGCAGCUCCUGGACCCUGGUUGGUGGUGUCUUUCCUGCAAUUCCUGGUGGUAGGAGGGACAUCUAAAAGACUUAUACUGCGUCCAAGGUCACUUCAGAUAGCCCCUCAGCUCUGGCAAAUGAGUACCUUCAAGAGACCCCAGAAUCCAACAAUAGUGUGUAUACCUCCUUCAUGAAAUCUCAUCGCUGCUAUGACCUGAUUCCCACAAGCUCCAAAUUGGUUGUAUUUGAUACUUCUCUGCAGGUGAAGAAAGCUUUCUUUGCUCUGGUGACUAAUGGUGUACGUGCUGCUCCUUUGUGGGAUAGUAAGAAGCAAAGUUUUGUGGGCAUGUUGACUAUCACUGAUUUCAUCAAUAUCCUGCACCGCUACUAUAAGUCAGCUUUGGUACAAAUCUAUGAACUGGAAGAACACAAGAUAGAAACUUGGAGAGAGGUGUACCUGCAGGAUUCCUUUAAGCCACUUGUCUGCAUUUCUCCUAAUGCCAGCCUGUUUGAUGCUGUUUCUUCAUUAAUUCGAAAUAAGAUCCACAGGCUGCCAGUUAUUGACCCAGAAUCAGGCAACACUCUGUACAUCCUUACACACAAGCGAAUCCUCAAGUUUCUCAAAUUGUUUAUCACAGAGUUCCCAAAGCCAGAAUUCAUGUCUAAAUCUCUGGAAGAGCUACAGAUUGGUACCUAUGCCAAUAUUGCUAUGGUCCGCACUACCACCCCUGUCUAUGUGGCUCUAGGCAUCUUUGUACAGCAUCGAGUUUCUGCCCUGCCAGUAGUGGAUGAAAAAGGGCGUGUGGUGGACAUCUACUCCAAGUUUGAUGUGAUCAAUUUGGCAGCAGAAAAGACCUAUAACAACCUAGAUGUGUCUGUGACCAAAGCCCUACAACAUCGAUCACACUACUUUGAGGGUGUUCUCAAGUGCUACUUGCAUGAGACUCUGGAAACCAUCAUCAACAGGCUGGUAGAAGCAGAGGUUCACCGUCUGGUAGUGGUGGAUGAGAAUGAUGUGGUCAAGGGAAUUGUAUCCCUGUCUGACAUCCUGCAGGCACUGGUGCUCACAGGUGGAGAGAAGCCCUGAGCACAGGAAGGGUCCAGCAGCCCCAGGGGAGACACCACCUUUUGCUGCCUGCCAAAAGCUCUGGGAAUCGGAUGAAAUCCUGGGAGAACUGAGUUUGUUCUCUUUCAGGAACCUGCUGCCUGUGAGCUAGGGAAGACAUGAGGGAAAAAAAAGAGAAAGUAUUUUUAGCUGCCCUUUCCCUCACACAUAUACUUGAGAAAAACUUUAAGCCUAGCCAAUCCUGCCCCAUGUUCCCUUAGUCAUAGCCCCCUUUUGGGUGAUCCAUGACCUCUGUGCUCCUCCGGCAAAUUCUGAUCUCUGAGAGAUCCCUAGACUUCACCCUGCCUUUUGUCUUUGUCUCUUUGCUGACUCUACCUUAAGAUAAUAGCACACUGAAAGUCUUCAUAAAAAUGUUUUCAUUCAUCCUGUUUUGUGCUGUAUGGAGGAGGCUGAGUCCAUUUGUGUCCAUUUCUUCCCAUGAUUCAAGUGGGGAGGUGCACUUUUGAGUUCCUGUGCAGGGUGCAUAUGAAGGUAGAUGAUUAUGUGGAGGAGGAAAGAGUGAUUAACAGAGAUUAUUGCUUUUCAUGGUGAGUCUAAUUAAACGACAAGGUUGUCAUCAUGGUA